AUUUUUACUUCCGGAGUUACCCUCUCAGGAUAAUUCUUGCAGCACAUUAGCUAAACUUAGCAACUGAAACAUUCGGAAGUGUAGAAGAAUGCUGACUGAUUAAAACGUUUUUGUCUGACGAUAUGAUCGAGUAACUUUAAUCUCAAAUGGCUUAAAUUAGCGUUUCGACCUGUGUUACUGGUGAAACAGGAAGAGUAACGGCUAAAAAUGAUUGAACCUGAGGUACUAACCGAAGUCCCUGCGUCUCUGAAGCGGCUGGCUAAGCAGGUUGUAAGGGGUUUUUAUGGAGUGGAACAUGCCUUGGCUCUGGACGUGCUGAUACGUAACCCAUGUGUCCGAGAAGAGGACAUGCUGGAGCUGCUGAAGUUCGACCGGAAACAGCUACGCUCUGUGCUCAACACCUUGAAGGCGGACAAGUUUGUCAAGUGCCGUAUGAGAGUGGAGACGGCCCCUGAUGGGAAGACAACACGUCACAACUACUAUUUCAUUAACUACAGAGUGCUGGUUAACGUCGUGAAGUACAAAUUGGAUCACAUGCGGCGGCGCAUUGAGACAGACGAACGGGACUCCACCAGCCGCGCCUCCUUCAGGUGCCCCUGCUGCUUCUCCACUUUCACUGACCUGGAGGCCAAUCAGCUUUUUGAUCACAUGACUGCUACGUUUCGCUGCACCUUUUGUCAGACUGAGGUAGAAGAAGAUGAAUCGGUCUGCCCUGAUGCCAGGACACUUGUGGCCCGCUUUAAUGAGCAAAUCGAGCCCAUCUACGCACUCCUACGCGAAACCGAAGAUAUUAACUUGUCCCAUGACCUGCUGGAGCCGGAGCCCACCGAGAUCCCCGCUCUCAAGCAGAGCCGUGAACGAGCUGCAGCUGCUGCAGGAAAUGCUGCAGGCGGGCCACACCGCGAAGCCUGGUCUAAUAAAGGAUCAGCCUACGCUGAUUUGUACAUCCAGAAUGUGGUUAUCAGCAUGGAGGAGCAGGAUGACCAAAAGAGGCAGGUCAAUGAGGGCAAGCCCCCCAAGGAGCGGCCCGUUUGGCUGACGCAGAGCACGGUGCAGGGGGCUUACAACGAGCCGGAUGCUCUCAAGAGCCGUGGCGACAUCGCAGCCGGAGCUCAGGACGGCACAGCCGGUCAAGGGGCAGGCCAGGCGGACGAAAACGAGGAAGUGAUGCGCGCCCUGCUCAUCCACGAGAAGAGAGCCGUCGCGGGAGCAGGUGUGGGUGGAGCGAGCGCAGCUGCCAGGGGUCUUGCCUCCGCCACAGCUAACGCCAGUGACUCAGAGAGCGACACCAGUGAAUCAGAGGACGAACUCCCCUCGGGCCCCACCACUGCCACAGCCUCUCAGCAUCGCGCCGCUGAAGAGGUCGAAGAAGAGGACGACGACGACUUUGAGGAGGUGGGGGAUGAGCCGAUGGUGAUGGUGGGGGGUCGGCAGUUCUCAUACAGAGAGGUGAGCCAGAGGCCGGAGCUGGUGGAGCAGAUGUCUAUGCAGGAAAAGGAGGCUUACAUUGAGAUGGGACAAAACCUCUUCCAGGAUAUGUUCUUCUGAAGAACUUUAGAUACUUUUAAGUUCCAUUCAUUGACUGAUGCUUCUGCUGUCUUACACUGUCAGUGGACAACUGGAGAGGAAACAGGAUGCUGCUCCAUAAACUUCAGAAAAUGUUUGGUUUGCCAGUAUUUUUUUUUCCACCGGUCAUAUUUGUAGUAUUUCUAUUUGAAGUAUUUUCAAAAGUCACCAAACGACAACAAAUUUCCRUCUGCCAGCUGCGCUCUCUUUUUUACCACUAUUGUUUGCUUCARUUCAAAAUUAAACAGUUCAGCUUUACCAGGAAUGUUUUCGCCAUUGUUCUUUCAUUUACCGGACAAAAGGGACGCAACAUUUGCUUUAAUCGAUGCAGCUGUCUACACACACCGGCAUCUAUCUCAUGCCUCCAGUCAGUUUUGUUGAAUGGGCAUAAUUGCAUUGAUUGCGUGAGAACUGGUGAAAGAUAUCUGAGCACUUCACAGUGCGGGGGUUGGACACUGAAACACUGMGCGAGCGACUGCAGCUUUCAUUAUCCUGCCUGUUCAKAUGAUGUUGAGUCAGAAUAUUCUACAAUUCAACAGGCUYGGUCUGAAUUCUCAUCUCAGGCAAAAUACAGAGAAAGAGAAGGUGCUUUUGGUUAAAACAAUUUGUGGGUAACAGUGAAACAUUUGUAACUUUGAGAUAUCUGUAAUAAAAUAUUACUGCUACCCUGGC